AACGGCUGACUUCCGGCCGCGCCACAGUGGGCGGAGCUAAGAUGGCUGAGGAGAGACUUCAGAGGAGAACUCAGUUUACUGCAUCUGCUGAAUCUCAAAAACCCCGGCUAAAAAAAGCUCCAGAGUUCCCUAUUUUGGAGAAGCAGAACUGGUUGAUACAUCUCCACUAUAUCCGGAAGGAUUAUGAAGCAUGCAAGGCUGUUAUCAAAGAACAGCUUCAGGAGACCCAAGGGCUAUGUGAAUAUGCUAUCUAUGUCCAAGCAUUGAUAUUUCGUCUGGAAGGAAAUAUCCAAGAAUCCCUAGAACUCUUUCAGACGUGUGCUGUUCUUAGCCCUCAGUGUGCUGAUAACCUCAAGCAGGUGGCCAGAUCUUUAUUUCUUUUGGGAAAACAUAAAGCUGCCACUGAAGUAUAUAAUGAAGCAGCUAAACUUAACCAGAAAGAUUGGGAGAUCUGUCAUAAUCUAGGAGUUUGCUACAUUUAUCUGAAACAGUUCAACAAGGCACAAGACCAGUUGCACAAUGCCUUACAACUUAACAAGCAUGAUCUGACUUACAUAAUGCUGGGGAAGAUUCACUUGCUGGAGGGAGACUUGGACAAGGCCAUCGAAAUCUACAAGAAAGCAGUGGAGUUCUCACCAGAAAAUACAGAACUUCUUACAACUUUGGGAUUACUCUACUUACAGCUCGGCAUUUACCAGAAGGCAUUUGAACACCUUGGGAAUGCACUGACUUAUGACCCUACCAACUACAAGGCCAUCUUGGCAGCAGGCAGCAUGAUGCAGACCCAUGGAGACUUUGAUGUUGCCCUCACCAAAUACAGAGUUGUAGCUUGUGCUGUUCCCGAAAGUCCUCCACUCUGGAAUAACAUUGGAAUGUGUUUCUUUGGCAAGAAGAAAUAUGUAGCUGCUAUCAGUUGCCUGAAACGAGCCAACUACUUGGCACCCUUCGACUGGAAGAUUCUCUAUAAUUUGGGCCUUGUCCACCUGACCAUGCAGCAGUAUGCAUCAGCUUUCCACUUUCUCAGUGCAGCCAUCAACUUCCAGCCCAAGAUGGGGGAGCUCUACAUGCUCUUGGCUGUGGCUCUGACCAAUCUGGAAGAUACAGAGAAUGCCAAGAGAGCCUACGCAGAAGCUGUCCGCCUGGAUAAGUGUAACCCUUUAGUCAACCUGAAUUAUGCUGUGCUGCUGUACAACCAGGGCGAGAAGCAGGGUGCCCUGGCCCAGUAUCAGGAGAUGGAGAAGAAAGUCAACUUACUCAAGGACAGUAGCUCUCUGGAAUUUGACUCUGAGAUGGUGGAGAUGGCCCAGAAGUUGGGAGCUGCUCUCCAGGUUGGGGAGGCACUGGUCUGGACUAAACCAGGUAAAGAUCCCAAAUCAAAGCACCGGACCACUUCAACCAGCAAAGCUGCCAGUUUCCAGCAGCCCCUGGGCUCUAAUCAAGCUCUAGGACAGGCAAUGUCUUCCGCGGCUGCACACAGGAAGCUCCCCUCAGUAGGUGCUGGAGGAACAUCUCAGCCCACAAAGCCACCGCCUCUUCCUCUGGAGCCAGAGCCUGCUGUGGAAGCAAGUCCAGCUGAAGCACCAUCACAAAUAAGGGAAAAAUAGGAGUAGGGUGACCCCAGAGUAGGGGUUUCUUUGGCAAGGAAGUAUCAGAUUAGGAACAGUCACAUGACAUAGGCAGGGUGGAGGCCAGCACAUUCCCUGGGCACCACAGAACACAGGGUGUGUUGUGAUGAUCAUGAGGAGCCUGAGGCCUGUGCAGCCCCCUAUUGGCCCCAUCACCCAGGAAAUAGAAGACAGCCCAGACUGGUCUUUUAAGAAUUAAGAACAAGCUCAUGGCUCUAUGUACGUAGCUUCAAGAGCCAGCAGGGUACAUGAUGCUGUUUGCUUUUGAAAGGAGUUUGUCUCCUGGCUGGCUGACCCCUCCUCUGUGGAAGGACAGUCAGAGGCAGACAGCUCUGUUCACGAGCCUUGUCCUGAUGAAGCCUCAGCUCAGCUGAGGCAACCCUCAGGCUGUGGGGCGUAUCAGCCCCGAAAGUACACACAAAUCUCCGAUUCAUAAUUCAGCUUCAAGAGCCUAAAUUUAAAAAAGAAAAACAAUGAUGAAAAAAAGCUCUAUAAAUUGAAGCUGAGGCUGUCACGUAUCCUAGCUGCAUUUGCCCAAGGGAAUCCAGAACAAGUUCUUGAGGGAGGUCAGAGUAUAGAGCCAGAUCACGUCAGUCUAAGCAGCAGGACUGAAAGGGCAGGGCAGUCAAGCAGCACCAAGGAUUAAAAGAAAAAGAAGUUUCUUAACCAAGGAAUUUUUACUUAAGACAAUCAAUGAUACACUGAGGAGAAACUAUAAUACAUUAUAUGUCCAUUUUAGAAUAUGAUUAUGUAUCAUCACCCCUUUGGGGAAUGUUGUAAUUCAAGUACAAAAAUGAGAGAUCACAAUAAAAACUUUUUUUGAAAGAA